AUGACCACUACAACUGAACAAGCGCUUCCUAUAAUACAACUCACCCCCAUCGAGAAAACCCUGAAGGCUCUCCUUCUAGAUGUCGCAGAAUAUGCGCGAGAACGGGCGAUUGCACGAGGGUCGAGUGCCGCUGAUACCCCGCGCACAGUGCUCCGGUUCACUGGAGGCUGGGUGCGCGACAAGUUAUUAGGUGUUGACAGUCACGAUAUUGAUGUGGGCAUUAAUACGAUGACAGGGUUUCAAUUUGGAAUGCUACUGAAGGAAUAUCUGGAUAACCCGGGCAAACUGGAGAAAUACAAAAAAAAUCUCCCAAAUGGGCAAAUGAAGGACACCAUUGUCAGCCUUCAUAAAAUCGAGGCUAACCCAGAGAAGUCAAAGCACCUAGAAACAGCCACGACAAAGAUUUUUGGGCUAGAUAUAGACCUGGUGAACUUGCGGAAGGAGGUAUACUCGGAGGAUAGCCGGAAUCCUCAGAUGGAGUUCGGAACUGCUGAGGAGGAUGCAAUGCGCCGGGAUGCUACAAUCAAUGCGCUUUUCUACAAUCUGAACGAGUCCAAGGUGGAAGAUCUUACCCAAAAGGGCCUCGAGGAUAUGCAAAAGCAAAUCAUCCGCACGCCCCUAGAACCGUAUCAAACGUUUAAGGAUGAUCCGUUGCGAGUCCUGCGCCUAAUCCGCUUUGCCAGUCGGCUCGGCUAUCGCAUUGACGAGGACACUGAGAAGGCGAUGCAAAAUAGCGAUAUCGGCGAAGCUCUCAAGCUAAAGAUUAGUAAAGAACGUGUAGGGGCUGAAAUCGACAAGAUGAUUCGAGGUCCUGAUCCCAGACGUUCCCUGCAGUUUAUCGACCGACUUGACCUUUACCGAACGAUUCUUGCUAGCCUUCAUGAUGAUGUCCGUGCCGAUACGCUGUCUUGGCCCCUUGCUUACAAUGCUAUGGAAUCCUUAUUGCAGACUCCCAAAGACUCGGCCCCAGUUGAUAGCGUACGCAAUCGGCUUAUUCGAGAUGAAUCAGAGGCCUACUAUGCAUGGCUGAUUACGGCAUUUGCUCCCUGGUCUACGGUACCCAAACGCGUUGCAGACGGCCCUAAUGCGAAGCCAUUACCUCCUCGGGCGGCGGAAGUUGCCAGAGACAGUCUUCGCUCCGAUAAUAAGACUAUCUCAAUCCUUUGCGAUGCGUCCAAUAAUUGGCGGUCGAUCAUCGAUGUCAAAUCAUCACUUCUAGAAGGCCGCGUGGGUGGCACACCUGCAGAAAUUCGACAGCAGAUUGGGCUGAGUAUUCGGUUGUGGAAAAAGGACUGGAGACUUUGUGUUCUACUAUCCAUUCUCCAAGAGGUCAUGCAGGGAGGCGAGUUCACUCAAGUUAUUAAAACAUACCAUUCAUUCUUGUCAUAUAUCGUAGAGCAUGGCCUGGAAGACGCAUGUGAAAUGAAACCCAUCGUAAAUGGAGAGGAAAUUAUGCGCCGUAUGGGAGCCAAGAAGGGGCCGUGGAUGAGCAGAGCCCAGGAGAUGGUCAUUCGGUGGCAGCUGCUGCACCCGGAGAUCACCGACAAGGAGAUAGCAUUAGAAUGUGAAGCCCUUCUUUUUGCCUUGGGUUUCUUAAGCAUCUGGGGACCAAGGACCUUAGCAAAUGGAGAUAAAAUUGCCGUUAACAAUCUCUAUGACUGGGCAAGCAAUUCUGCACUUCCAUCGCCUGUCUUCACAGAGACACAAAAAUUGACCGAUGAGCAAAGACAUCUAAUCGAAGAGGAUAAGCUGAGGUCAGCCAUUGCUAUUUCAGUUAUUUCAUCGCUGGCUGUGUUGCUCCCCAUCUGCGAUGCAGCCAGUGCACCGGAUGUUGUCAUUGCGCUGGCCAGCUUCACCUCUGAGAGUGAUCCCUGGACCUCACCGCGGACCCAUACAUGCUCAGCUGCCUUACUUGAGACAUACGUGGAUGCCGUGCAUUCCAAUUCGGAUUCCAUAUUCUGGAGUACCGUUGAAGAGAUCCUGAAGCAAAAGAUCAGACCUCUUUUUGCAAAGACCAGGAACCCUGCGAUCACAGCAACCGGCCGCAAGGAUUUCCACCCCGUUCCUUUGCCUCGGUUUGAUACCAGCGUUUUGGACCUGGAGACAAAGCCAUGGAAAUUCCAGGAUGUUUACGCCACUACGGUCCUUUCAUGGAUUAUCUCCCAGUACCGGGCCACAGAUCGAGUUCAUCUCGAAGAGCAUUUCCCGCUUCUAGUCCCAGCCAUCCUGACAUUAAUCGAUGAUGACAGUCUACCAUUUAAAACACGCGGUUGCAAUCUUGUCUCCCGACUCCUCAUUCCCAUCCAAGACAGCAAAUCCGACAUCCUCCGACGCACCAACCUUUCCUCCGUCUUCGAAGAUGCCAUCAGACCAUGUCUUCUUUCUCUUCCCACAAUCACGCCUGAAGACGACUCCAUCAGUCUCCUAAGCGCAGCAUAUCCGGCUCUCCUCUCAAUUCUUAAAACCAACGCUCAAAAUUCCUUCACCAUCCCUCCCCAGAUCUCCAAAGAGUUGUAUAUCUCCAGAAUCACCAAGACGCUUCGCGAGAACCUCAUCCCCUCAUUCCAUCACAUCAGCUCCACGAACACUACCUUUUCAUCUGCCUCCUUCUCCUCCUUCCCUUAUCCGCGUCUUUCCACCGUCCUCCUCAACCACAUGUCCCACAUCCUCCUCGACCUUGGCAUCCACACCACCAAAUACCUCCAAGAAAUUAUCCCCCUUUUGUACAGCACGCUUUCCAACCCCUUCGGCACCGCUCACCCGCCACUACUUCUUGGUGCUAUUUCCCUCAUCAGAGCAGUCAUCAUGAACGCGCAUCCGCGUCUGUGGCGCUGGCGCGGCGAGAUCCUAGGCGCGUUCUGCGCUUGCUGGCUGCACGUGAUUGACGAGGAAGGCGAGAUCGCAGAUCGAAAGAGAAGGAAUAAGGCCUCAGAUUCGGACGAGGCUUCUGCUGUGACUAUGGGGAAAUUGAAACGGGAGUUAAAGGGCGCGUCGUAUUUGUUGAAGUUUGCUCUGCAGAAUCCAGCCCAAGCUGCUACUGCUGCUGCUACUCCGACUACUACUACGCAUGAUCCUGGGCAGUUAGAUGCCAAGGAGAAUAUUGAAAAGGAGUUGCAGAUGUUGAUUGAGGCGGAUAGUGUCUUGGAGGACCUUUUUACUGUUGAUUUUGAUACGACUGAUGUUGCGUAUUUUGGAUCUAGCUAA